AUGGAGAUUUUGUCAAUCUUGUACUCAAGAGAUUUAACACAUGACGAACUCGUCUCUUUCCGGAGAAGAUUCCUCGAGACGUUCACUGAAUUUCAGAAACAAAACUUCCCAAACUCAACGCCGGAACAUUUCCUCCAACUAGAAAACAGACUCAAACAACAACAGCAACAACAAUUGGAAGCCCUUGAAAAAGAACGCCGCGCGCGGUUGGCGAACCAAGAAAAGACUUGCACGGCUUGCGGAAAGAAAACAACGGAGUGGAAGAAAGGUGUCGGGAUGGAGGAGUUUUAUUGCAUACCUUGCAGCCUGAACUAUAUUAAGAAGGAACCACUCUGA